GUACUACGCAACCACAUCCGGGACAUUCUGCAGUCCCACAUGCCAUUUGGUUCAGCUGUCAGGACUCCCAUGCAUGUGCAGAAGCUUUCGCCAGCAGCUUUUCUGGUUCUAUCUUUCUUUCGUGGGAAAAUAUGGCGCUGAUGGGGAUCCAGUUGGUGGUCAGCCUGCUGGCCGCCAGCGUCAUGCAGAGGAUGGCCCCACAUUGCUCGUUUGCACGCUGGCUCCUCUGCAGUGGCAGUCUGUUCCGGUUCAAACACCCGUCGGAGGGAGAGCUGUGUGCACUGGCAGGGAAGCAGAUGCCCAAACAGACCAGGAGAGACAGGAGACAGAACGGGGAGAGCAAGCCUCUCACGGUGCCCAAAGACAUUGACCUUCACCUGGAGAAAGCUCCAGUCAACGCUCUCGACGCGCUCGUGCUGCGCUUCUUCCUGGAGUACCAGUGGCUGGUAGAUUUCGCCGUCUACGCAACGGGUGUCUUCCUGUUCACCGAGUGUUACUGCAAUAUUGUGGACGCCAGCAAAGAGGUCAACCUCGGAGCCAUCUGGUGCGUCCUGACCGUUCUCUUCAGCGUAAAGACCCUCCACACUCUGAUGAGGCACUACUUCCUCUCCGAAGAGGGCGGCGAGCGCUCCGUGUGCCUCGCCUUCGGCUUCCUGUCUCUGCUCGUGGCCAUGCUGGUUCUCGUGGUCAGAGAGGACUACCUGGAGUUUGGCCUGGAGUCGGGCUUCUCCAGCCUCUUCGACAACCUGGAGGUCUUCGCCAAACAGCAGGGCUACGCCGACUGGUCGAUCCCGGUGACCAAGCUGACGGUGAAGCUCGGCCUCGCCGCCCUCUGUGCUUACGUCGGCGCCCUGCUGGCCUUCCCCGGCCUGCGGCUGGCUCAGACGCACCUCGAUGCCGUGCAGAUGAACUCCGGCCGACCUCUCGUCCAGAUUCUGCUGCACUUGAGUUUCCUGUCUCCGGUCAUCGUGUUGGUUCUGUGGGUGAAACCUCUGGCGAGGGAUUUCCUGGCCAAUGCGCCCAUGGGAAAGACCUCAAUAACAAUAGUUUCCAGCGACGCGUUCGACAGCCUGCGGCUGUGGGUCGUCGUGGCGUCGUGUGCGCUGCGGCUGGCCGUGACUCGCUACCACCUGCAGGCCUACCUCAACCUGGCUCAGAAGUGGGUGGAGCAGAUGAAGAAGGAGGUGGGACGCAUCGCCGCCAUUGACAUUCAGAGAAAGGUCACUCGGAUCUUUUGCUACCUGACUGUGAUCACGCUUCAGUAUCUGGUUCCGGUUUUUCUCAUCCUCUUCUCCACACUGGCCCUCAAGGCACUAGGGGACUUCUCCUGGCGCGCGGGCGCAGAGCGGACCCCCGGCGUGACCCCGGCGCUGCUGCUGCUGCCCACCGCGGCGCCCGUGCUGCCCGGAGGCCUGGACGAGGACGAGGAGGGGAUGGAGGACGCGGAGGAGGACAUCCAGGCCACGGUGGCGCGCCUGUCCGAGGCCUUCGCGGCGCUGCGCUCCGUCCUCACGCCGCUCUUCUUCCGCGGCCUCCUGGCCUUCCUGACGUGGUGGGUGGCGGCCUGCCAGGUCAUCAGCUCCCUGUUCGGCAUCUACUUCCACCAGUACCUCAUGCAGAACUAACCGAGGACGCCGCCACGGGACCCUUACUCACAACACGCAGCUACCGAGGGAACAACAGGGGGUUUGGUCAAGUCUUUUUUGUUGUUUUUGAGAGAGAGGAGACAGGCGAUGGACACGGUGUUGUUGCAAUAUUGACCACCUUGUUGCCCUCUGUGCUUUUUCUUUAUUACCAGCAGGCUACUGCAGUUACACAAGUACACAGCGAACUGGGGCCGGUGUCACAAAGCGUUUAAAAGUUGGUUAUUGUCCGGCUCAGAUCAGCUACACUCACAUGAAAGAGCUUUUUAUUAGUCACUUAAUGACCGCUGGAUUCAUUUCCUUUAUGGAUGAGUGCAACACUUCGAUGCUUUUUACAUGUUCACCAGUCUAGAAAAGGGACGUUUUGUUAUCAUGAGUGAUGAUCCCCUGAAGUAAGCCUCCUGGUUACCAUGGUGAUCCACCUAUAAAUAUCCAGCUAACCCACUAAUGUUCCUUUAUGGUAGUUAAUGUUACCUGAGCAGUUCUUAAUAGAACAUUGUUAAAUGCUGCAUUUAAGAAGUUUUAGUUGGUGGCAGAGUACGUGUUGGUGCCUGCUCCCUGUGUGGUGUUAGUAUUGUUUUUGGGGGGGAGGACUGUUCGUCCCCCUCAAGGAAACCGAUUCAUGAGUGCUAAAUGGUUUUGGUUGUUUUUCCCGCUGACGCGCGGCGCGGCCGGGCUCCGUCCCGUUGGGUGGAGCGCGGCGCGGCCGGGCUCCGUCCCGUUGGGUGGAGCGCGGCGCGGCCGGGCUCCGUCCCGUUGGGUGGAGCGCGGCGCGGCGGCUCCCUGUCAGUAUUCCCAAGUGCCUGGGAGCUGUGGGACGUUCGAGUCCCCUUUUCUCCCCCAAUCAUCCGCUUUUCGAAUGAAUAGAACCGGUUAGCGGAUGAAAGUGACUUUUCUUCUUCCUUCGUUUUAUCUUUGGAACACGACUCGCUGGCAGCGCCUUCUGUUGCAGUGUCUUAAUUAGCUUCAGGCUUUUUCAUUUUUAUUAUUGCCAAUUAGUCGAGUAAAUUAAUCAAAGCCUACAAUGAGUUUUCAGUGGAUUUUAUUUAUUUAUUUAUGAAACGUUGCCUCAAAUAACUAUUUAGAAAGAUUCGCUCGGUCUAAACGUUUUUGUGUUUUGUGGCCGUUUCAGAUUUUUUUUCUUUUUAGAUAGUGUUUUUGAAUUGAAUGCUCUGAAAUGAUCAUACUGUGAACUGUUGAUUUUCUGAAUGCAUGGUGUGCAAACCUUUGUAUCCCGAGCGUUUAUCUUCGUGUGGCUCAAUAAAGCGUUUAUUGUUCUCA